AUGUUCGCGUUGGGAUGUCUACUUGCCGUAGUCAAAUACAAUGUGGUACUGAGUCCGGCGGACUCUGCGGAUUACUGUUACAACUGGUUGUUGGUUCUGUUAGAGCCCGGUGCAAACACGGAAGAGAUACAGUUAGUUGCAAUGACGCCUGUUCACACUGUUUUCAGGCUAAUUAAGGAUAUCUCCGGAAUAACCGAUGAUAGCGUCAUAAGGGAGUGCCUUGAAAAACACGGCUUUGAUGUCUCUGAAACGAUAAUAGAUUUGGUAAACAGGUCAGGUGCGUUGAUUUUCAUGGCGGGACAUAUGUUUAGCAGCGAAAGAGGCGUCAGUUGCCCCCGUUAUUCAGACCCGCAAACACACUGUUGCAAAUACAAGCAUGUCUUUGCACUUCCUGUCCAAAGAGACAAAACAAGCUGUUUUAAACUACUGGUAAGUGUUGUUCUCCCCGAUCCAAUGAUACAUAGGGAUUACGUUAAUCGUCCGGAAGUGUACGACGACGAUUACGAUGACAAUGAUAUUAUCGAGGACGGCAUAAUGCCUUUAAACGCCAAAAUUAUAUAUGAUGAAGUUAUGAAGUCAGAUUCUGAUGUUUCUGAGGGUGGAGACGGAGUCCAAAUAUCACAGAAAACGAGCAGUGAGAAUGCUGUUGCACCUCCGGGGAUCACCAACAAUAACAGCGAUCGCACCGCGACACGGCGCAACGAACGAGGUGGCUCGAGCUCAAGAGGAAACCGAGGCCACAGAAAGUAUAACCGGAAGCGCAAUACAAUAAAUAUGGAUGCUUUCGGUUAA